CUAGAUAUACCUGCCUCUGCCCAUGGCACCAAGCAACACAGACAAUUCACAACACCAGCCACGAUGGAGUCGAAUGAGUUCUCUGAGUCCUGUGUUCUUCCGCGACGAGAGAAGCAGCAGAUUUCUGUUCCUUUUCUCUGGGAAGAGAAGCCAGGCAAGCUGAAGAAAGACUGGAGCAUCGAGACAGCCCCCAUUGCCUCGCUUCCAUCCCCUGCCAAGCUUGUGGUUUCUGUGCCAUUUGAAUGGGAGGAGAAGCCCGGGAAGCCGAUACUCCAACCGGAACCGGCUCAGGCAGUGCCAAAUUCAACCACUUCUAAUGUAACGAAUCCUCUUCCUGUGCCAGAUCACUAUGUGAACCCUUUCGUCGAUGAGAAGAACAAAUCCUAUCUGAAUCCUUUCCAAGUGGAGGAAGGUGAAAUUGUUGCAUCAGAUCUUGAGGCCUUCACUUUUGGGUUAAGUGAUGAAGUCCCUGGCAUGGAAGCAACUCAAUUUUUCGACAUCAUGGCAGCUGCUUGGGAAAGUUUCAGUGAGGAUGGCUCCUACUGGAAUGAAAACUUUCACACUGCAUCAGAAACAGAUGAUCAUAGCAUUUCAAGCGGCGCAGAAGCAGAAAUUAGAAAGGACACCUCGACUGUUAAGUACCCAUUCCCAGUUUCUUUAGCUGAUACUAGCUUUCUCAACAACCAUGGCAAAGAUCAUACUCCAUCUUCAGUGACUGCCUGCCCAGGACCAUUUCUGUUAAAGAAAUUCAACCACGAACACACUGCCAUUGCAAAAACAUUUACGCUCGAGGAACUCAUGAUGCUGAAUCGCAAAUUGAGUUAUAAAAGCAAACAAACUGACGUUAGAAUGGAACACUCAAAGAGCAUGCUCCUAUGCUUCCCUUUCAUCCGCAAUAGCAACAAAACAAGGGCAUAAUAUCAGAAGCUGGUAAGUAAAAAUUCAUCGUAGUAUCACUGCGGCAAUCUUCACAAGAUAUGUGGUGC